AUGACCAAGGAAGACAGUGAUAACUCAUCUUCCUCUGACUAUCAUCCUGCCUUUGGAGUGAAUAACAUCAAGAAUGUAAUCCCCAUGAUUCUUGAUCGUGAUAAGGUCCAAUAUUCAAAUUGGGUUGAGCUCUUUGAAUGUCAUGCUCAUGCUUACAAUGUUUUAGAUCAUAUUGACCCAAAAACUUCACGGCCUAUAGGUAUAUCGGAUGAUUUAUGGAAGAAACUUGAUUCGGUUGUUAAAAACUGGAUUUAUGGCACAAUAUCUCGUGAUUUGCUUGAAACGAUUUUGUGCAAGGGAGCCACGGCUCAAGAAAUUUGGGAUAAGCUCAAGGCGAUUUUUCAAGAUAAAAAAACUACUAGGGCGGUAUAUCUUGAAGAUCAAUUCAAUGCUUUACAUGUCUCCAAUUUUAAUGGCAUCUCUUCUUACUGUCGUGAGUUGAAGAACUUGAAGGAUCAAUUGGCCAAUGUUAAUCAAGCGGUGUCGGAGCAAAAGAUGGUGAUUAGGUUGGUCUUGGGUCUCGUAGGUACUGAUUUUGACACUGUUGCUGCCAUUAUCCAAAAAUCAGACCCGCUGUCAUCUUUUGAAACUGCUCGAUCUCAUCUUCUUCUUGAGGAGUCAAGGCGUGCCAAUGAUAAUAGUGCUUUCGCGUCGUCCUUCGUACCCCAAUCAAGCACCUCGAGCUCCACUAGCACCACAACCGUGCCACCACAACAACAGCAGUAG